UGCCCCAUCGUUGGUGUCAGUGGGGGGAGGAAUAGUGCCCCAUCGUUGGUGUCAGUGGGGGGAGGAAUAGUGCCCCAUCGUUGGUGUCAGUGGGGGGAGAGGAAUAGUGCCCCAUCGUUGGUGUCAGUGGGGGGAGGAAUAGUGCCCCAUCGUUGGUGUCAGUGGGGGGAGGAAUAG